AUGAAACGAUACCGCAUCGAGGUCGCUGCCAGCACAUCCAGCGUCUUCUCCACACUCGCCGCUUUCCCGCUCGACAGCGUCAAGACGCGCAUGCAGACGUACCAGUACCGGGGCUUCCUGGACUGCGUCAAGCACACCUACCGCACCGAGGCCUUGGCGGGCUUCUUUCGAGGCGUCACCGCUCCCAUGGCGAGCAUUACCCUUGUCCGCACCGUCUCCUUCUCCAUCUAUCGAAGAGCAAAACACGUCUACUCUGGUUGGAUCAAGCAAAAGUCUGGGUUCGACAUCCACCGCCACGUCAGCACUCCCGGAACAUACCCCAACCUCUACUCAGUCGCCUGCUUUGGCGCCGCUGGCGCAACCGCAGGCUCCGCAAUCACCUUUCUGGCCUGUCCGUUCGAACUCACAAAGCUCAGCGCUCAGGUGUCAGUGCUGCUAGCAGAGCGCUCUGGGGACUGCCAGCGGAGUCGCGAAGUAGCAAAGAGCUACCAGAACAAGGGGACGUUGAAGACCAUGGCCAACAUCAUCAAACAUCGGGGAAUCUUGGGGCUCUAUACCGGCUUCCAGUUGCAUCUUUUGCGUGACACUUUGGGGACGGCCAUCUACUUCAUGGUAUACGAGAGCGGGAAGCAGCUUGGAACGACGUUUGCUGGCGAUAGCCCGAAUAGCAACAAGCUGGCCGUUGUGGCUGCCGGUGGCCUUUGCGGGUUGGUAUCAUGGGCCAUGAUUUAUCCAAUUGACUCGGCAAAGAGCAUUUACCAGAGAAACGCCCUUUUAUACUCUCGAGGAGAGAAAGUCGAGCCGGCGCCCAAGAUUGAGUUCUUCAAGCGACACAUGUACCGCGGCCUGGGCGUCUCCAUGAUCCGGUCCUGCGCCGUCAACGCCAUCUUCUUUUCGUCCUUUGAAAUCAUCAAGAAGCGAAUCAAGAACAUUGACGACGAGCGCAAGGUUUGA